UUUUCCACCUGCAGUUCAGCGCAGUUGACAUUACUCUCAUAUAGAAAUGAGGAACCAACACUGUUUUAUGUUAAUCUGCUGCUGCUGUUCUUUUUUGUUCUUGACAUGGAGAACAUAUGACUUUAAACCCUGGGAUUAUGAAUGGGAAGAUAAUUUUGACUCUUCAUUUAUGAGAGUGCUGCAGUGCACAGAGCUGAGGAAGAAGUAUACUUCACUGAAAGCUUUGAAACUGCGCAACACCAAGGAGUUCACAGAUGAUAUGAAGGAGCUCAUGACCUGCCCCUGGAAAGCAAACAUAACUCAAAAAGAGCGCUACAGGGUUGAAAUGCACUCCUGUUGCAAUGCCACUGACGAUUUGAUCCUGACAAAGAAAAACACAGCCCUGGGUCAUAAUAUUACUUACGAUGGGGAGAGAAGAAAAAGGGUGGUGGACAACUCACUGUUGGAAAUGUUCCCUGAGAGUAUCCCCUGGAGGACUGGAGGUCUACUUGGGCGCUGUGCAGUCGUUGGGAAUGGUGGGAUUUUGAAGAACAGCAGUUGUGGUUCCCAGAUUAACAAGGCUGACUUUGUCAUAAGGUUGAAUCUAGCUCCCAUAAAUGUGAGCACAGAUGUAGGCAAGAAGACAAAUUUGAUAACAGCCAACCCAACCCAGAUACUAAGAGGCUACCGCAACCUGAAGAAGCACCCCGAGCCCCUGGCAGACAAAAUGUCUAAUUAUGGAAAUCCCCCCCUCAUCAUGCCCGCCUUCUCAUUUGCAUUCUGCACCAGGGUUUCCCUCCAAGUUCGGCAAGCCCUCCGCACAGUCCACCCUCAGCAGGAGGUAGCUUAUUUCAACCCUAACUAUCUGCGGGACCUGCACCGUUACUGGCGGCGGAGGGGCCAUUGGGCACCCCGUCUCUCCUCAGGGUUAAUGCUGGCGAGUAUAGCCCUGGAACUGUGUGAGGAGGUACACCUUUACGGGUUCUGGCCCUUUAACUUUGACCUUUCCCAGAAGGCAUUGCCCCACCACUACUAUGACAAUGUUGGACCCCAUGGGAGGUUACAUUCUAUGCCCCGGGAGUUCACCCAGCUGCUGAACAUGCACAGUAAUGGGGCAAUAAACCUCCAUAUUGGGAAAUGCCAGUGAAUCUGCUGUUGACAGGAAUGUGAUACAGUGGUUAGAUCAACAGAUCAAUUUCAUAUUUUGAAAUGGAAGUCCAUAUAAAGAAACGUGCACUUUAUCAUAAGAUAAAUUCAGUCAUGAAAGAAUUGUUUUCAGGGUGUUUUUUGCUUAGUUUUCCUCUUAUUUAUAAUUCCUUUUCAUCAGUCUUCCCAAUGCUAUACAUUCUCUUCUUCAAAAUGUGUACUUGCACACCAGCAUUUGUUCAUUAACAUUACUUGCUAAUUGAAUUAUCUGCUUCAUGUUUACAUUUCCUUAUUUUACAUUAAAAAGCAGUAUGUGUGCAAUUGAAUAUGGAAUGAGAUGACAUAUGGAAUGACGGCUUAAAAAUGUAGUUUGGCAGAUGGGGGCAGUGUAUAAAAAGGACUGUAAUUCACCUGAAAUGGAUGGAGAUAAGCUUAACUUUGUGUUGCACUUUAUCAUCAUAUUCAUUGUAUCAUUUGAAAUGUGCUGGAAUACGGAGCCAAAACAACAAAAUAGUGUCGCCAUCCAAAUACUUAUGGACAGCACUGGACCAGAGCUUGCAGUAUAAAUUGUAUUUUGGAGCCUAUUAACCACUAGCUACUCCCAUUCAUGUCAAGUUCUUUAGGAACAGGGCUAAGAUAGACACUUUACAAAUAUGACAUUACAAAACCAUUAAAAUAAUGGAAUCUUCAUAAAAUAUGUUGCAUAGUGGGAGCAGCAUCUGGACCAGCCCACAAAGUACAAAUGUCAUUAUAUUAAAAGUCCAGCAUAGACAAGAAUGUAUAGAUAGCAAUAUCUUAUUUAAGGGUAUUUUUAUACAGCAUUUACAGAAAUUACAGCACAUACAUCCCAUCCCAUCCCAUUUUCCCAUCCCCUAUAAUGAAGAAUAGACACGGAAAGCAGUCUUAUACUAGUGUUAAAAUAUGGUACCAUUUGCUAAAUCAGCUAACAUUUGUUCAGAAAUGUUACAACAGUGUCAGAAAUGUCAUUGUGACCUUGCCAUGGUAGAAAGGCAGGUUUGUAACAGGUCAUUGUGUACACAAGUCAGAACAUUUCACUCUUUGUUUUUCCUGUAGGUGUGUCUUAACAAAGGGAUAAAUUAUAACUUUUUUCAAUAAAAGUUUGUAAUUCUUCUACUUA